UUACUGUGUUGAUUUAGCCUGUUCUCGCAAUUAACAUAUCUUUGCCUGGACAGCCCCUGAUAAAAUGUCAUGACCAGCGGGAGCUAGGAGUAUCGAUUAUAACGUCAAGUUACCAAGCUCCAUGGCGCUAAGAUUAGAUAACUCCACGAAGGCACCGCCACCACCACACCUUCCCUUCAUAGAAUAUAACUUCGCACUCCCUCCUCAUACACUGUCACUGCCAUAUAUUGAAUGGCAUGACCCAUAUCCAGCCAUGACUGAGAUCAUAAGCGGCCAGGUGCCGCCUCUUAUCCUUGGACCCUCUGACAAAGAGAAGAAAUACGACCGCCAGCUCCGAUUAUGGGCAGCAAACGGUCAACAGGCCCUGGAGGAUGCCCACAUUUGCCUAAUAAACUCAGGUUCGGGCACUACAGGUGUUGAAACCUUGAAGAAUCUCGUUCUCCCUGGAAUUGGCCAGUUCACAAUCGUCGACGACAAAUCCGUGGACGAGUCCGACUUGGGAGUCAAUUUCUUCUUGGAGGAGGCGAGUUUGGGAAGACCUCGAGCUGAAUGUUGCAAGGAGCUUCUCGGCGAGCUCAACCCAGACGCUACAGGCCAUUGGGCAACCAGCUUCGAUGAACAGCCGGCGUUUACUCUUGUCUUGUACACAACCCCAGUCAAUGACGAACUCCUCGAAACCGUCAAAAAGUACUGCCAAACCCACAAAGUUCCACUAGUGUCCAUCAAUUGUCUUGGGUUCUACUCCUACUUCAACAUUACUUUCAAUGGAAACUUCCCCAUAGUCGACACUCACCCCGAUUCCACAGCAACCACAGACCUGAGGCUCCUGACUCCCUGGCCAGAGCUAGAAGAGUUUGCCCAAGAGUUGACUGUUGAUAUCGACAAUCUCAGUGCCCACAAGCAUGGACAUGUCCCUUACGUAGCACUUCUGCUGCACUACUUGGAGGAAUGGAAAGCCGAGAACUCGGGAAGCGUACCUCAAUCGUAUGCCGACAAGGUUAAGUUCAGGAAGCUAGUAGCAGCUGGCGCAACCGAUAGCCCCGAGGGAGCUGAAGAGAACUACGAUGAGGCUACAGCUGCUGUAUUGAAGACAGUGUCGUUGCCCAGUCUUCCAAGCUCUGCCAGGGACGUUUUUGAGUACGAGCCAAAUCAAGAUGAGGCAAAAUCUGGGUUCUGGAUUAUUACAGAGGCAAUUAAACAGUUUCACCAGAAAUAUGGUGCCCUCCCCUUACCGGGAUCGGUUCCUGAUAUGAAGGCUGAGUCGGAGGUCUAUAUCCAGCUUCAAAGCAUAUAUAAGAAAAAGGCUCGCCAGGACGUUAAUAAAAUUUUGGAAAUUUUGGGCACUAUCCCCAACGGAAGCGAAGUUGAAAAGGAGGAAGUCGAGACAUAUUGCAAGAAUGCUGCAUUUAUCAAACUUGUCCGGGAGUCCGCGCCAGAUCUUGACAGACUAAAACAACUUGCAGACUCGGAGCUAAACGCAGAAUUCGAGCUGCAACCAACACUAUUACCCGUCUACCUCGCCCUCAAAGGCAGCGAGUCCGCAAAACCAGAACCAGGCGCGGCCGCAGCCUCAGCACCCCAGAUUUUGAGUGAAAUCUCCAGAAUCGUCCCAGAUGCAGCCAGUGAUGAUAGGCUCGUCCGAGUGGCGACUGAAGUAGCCCGGGCACAGGGUGGCGAGCUACACAAUAUUUCGGCUCUAACCGGUGGUAUGGUGGCCCAGGAAAUGAUCAAAAUCAUUACGAAGCAGUACAUCCCCAUUGACAACACGUGCGUGUUUGAUGGGAUUGUGAGUCGCUCUCAGAUUUUCAGGAUUUAGCCUUUCGUGGUUUAGAUUUGGGGGUCUGCGGACAGGGUCACUUGGAGCUACAUGUAUUCACGAGUGAGUAUCUACAAAUGGCGUUUGCUGCGGUUUAGCGUAUUUGCUCGCACUACACAAUGAUGUUGAUAAGAUGUAUCGAGAUGAAGAGUUGGGUCGCGGCUGAGGCCCAAUGCUCCAUUGCCAAAAUGUGGGAGAUGAAGAAACCAUAGAGUUCGGUUAUUAUAAGUGGCCAGCUACAGUAAUACUUUCCAAGAUGGAAAACAAAAUGGAAAAGGUCUGGGCAACACGCAUCAUUAUGUAGACUGUUAUAAAACCUCGAGAGCGAGUUAACGAAGGCCCAGAAUUCCAUUGAGAUACCUAACA